AUGGUUCUAGUCCGUAGUCACAAGUUAUUUUUAGGAGGUUUGUCUUCUAAUGUCAGUAAAUCCGACUUACUUCGUGAGCUUUCCAAGUUUGGUGCUAUUUCGGAUCUUUGGAUAGCAAGAAAUCCCCCAGGGUUCGCGUUUGUGCAAUUCGAAAAGUUUAUCGAUGCUGAAAAAGCUGUUAGAACACUGGACGGUGUCACUCUUUGCAAUUCCAAACUGCGCGUUGAGUUUGCACAUAAUCGUUCACGCAACGGUGACCAUUCGCGUCCAUUUGGAGAUCGACGACAAUAUAUUGAUUCUCGAGAUGGCCGAGUGUCUCCAUUACGCCGCUACGAGGCAUCACUGCAUCGUGGGAGGUCGCCACCACCCGGUACACUUUCAGACGAUCAGUUCCGUUAUCCCUACGAUCAUUUGGCUGCCUUCUGUAAUCCCAAUAUGUUGAACGCCGCAGCGGCCGCUGCUGCAGCUGGCUUUUCCUAUCGAAUUCCUGGCUAUUCCAGCAUGUUUCCCUUGCUGCCAGCGGACAACGUGCACCGAGUGAUGAAACACUCGCGACGGAUUUCACCCAGACGAUCGCCAAUUCACCAUCGAAGAAGCCGAAGUCCAAUGGAUAAUCGAAGUCGAAACAUCUGCGAUCGGUAUCGAGAGGUCUACCGUGGCCGAGACCACAGGCGUCCUUCCCUGAUGUCUUCUCGACGGGGAACUCCUCCACCACCGUUGCCUCCUUUUACUUCCUCCGAAUAUGGAAGUCGUCGGCAUCACUAUGAUCGUUCGCCGCUACCUCGAUUGUCGGAACGUCGACGACGCUGA